AUGCUGGACGUGGCGGGCAGCUCCUCCUUUCACCCCAGCGCUGGCUGGAGCGAGCGUUGGUGGGAUCACCAGCUCCGGCAGCGGAAUCCCCGGAACGCUCUUUGCCCCAAACAAUCUCCUUGGCAACAGAACCCCCCGAAUGCCGCUCGCCCCAAACAAUCCCCAAGGUGGCCGAGCACCAUGGCAGAGAGGUUCCCUCUCCAGGUGACAGUGUUGAAGGUGGCCAGCGUGAGCUUCGCUGCGCUGGCCAGGCCAGUCCCCGGAGCUCCCUGGGAGCUGCCCUCUGUCCCGGGGCUGCCGCUGUCCCCUGGGCCUGUCCAGCUCCACACUGGCACCCACCAGUUGGUCCCAGCCACCCUCAAGCAGGAGGUGCCAGCGCCUCUGGGGGCCCCGGGGCAGGUGGUGUCCCUCUCCCCGGUGGUGCAGCUUCCCUGGCCCAUGCAGCUGCCUCCCUGUCCUUCUGCCUAUGGCUGGGGACAGCAGCUGGUGACGGGGGCGCUUCUGCCCCACCAGCCAAGGGCUGUGGUCCAGGGAGAGCCCCUGUACCCCACGGGCUCUGGUGUGUUGUGUGUCCACCACCGACCUGCUCUGGCAGGCAGAACCACGAUGGAGCCCAGAGCGGUUACCACCCCGGCCCCCAGGCAGCCCACGGAUCUGCGAGAGGAGGGAUCAACCGCCAGCACAGAGGCCAUUCCUGAGCAGGCAGAGGACACCACCAGCCACCACCCGCUCGCCCAGCCUGAAACCCCGGCGGGUGAGGACACCGUCGGCGAUGCCCCCAACAGCCCCACCCUGAGCGCCCUCCUGGACGACCUCUUUGAGUACCUGGCAGAGAGCGGCUGCCCCGGGGAACAGGUGCAGGUGCCCCAAGAGGACAGCGACGACACCGCCUUGGCCGCCAACGCCCCCAGCCUGACCGCUGAGGACCUGGACGAACUCCUCGAGUUCUGUGAAUGCCUGCUGGAAGAAGAUUGUCCCCAGGAGCCAGCGGUGGAGGCGCAGCAAAGGGACAGCGAGGAUGCCCUACCCGCUCCCCCCAGCUUGCCCCCCUCCCUCAGCCCACGCAGUGACCCCCGGGCUCCCUCGCCCCGCAGGGCCCAGCCGGGGCAGGAGAAAACGCAGAAGCAGCCCCAGGCUGUUCUAAACCAGGUGCAGCUGCCACCAGGAGUCACCAGGACCCAGGGGGAGCCCAGAACAAGAGAGGUGGCAGCAGCCAGGCCCCGUGCCCGGCGCCAGCCAGCGGCACCCCCGCGGAAAAAGGGACCUUCCCGCAGGUCCACGUCGAGGCCCAGGAAAAGGCGGCGGCAGCGGUGA